AUGGCGGCUGACUAUUACCGUGCCAGCCACUCCACGUCCUCAGGCGAAGCCGCGAUGCCUCCUAAGCGCAAGAGCCGUUUUGACAACCCGUCGACGUCCAGCAGUGCCGCUCCGGUGCCACCUGCUCCGAAGGUGUCAAACUUUUCUGAGCAUCGACCGCAAGCUUUGAGAUACCAAGGGGCUCCUGCUACCGCCAGUUCGUCAUUGCCAUCGAGAUCUGGAUUUUCCGAGCAAAGAACAUUUCACGAGUAUCGAAGGUCUGAUGAUCACGUGCCGCCGCCGCCUCCCUGGCCUAGUUCUGACAACGUAGUCGCAGCUUCGGGGGCCCGAGAGCGGGGUGGUCGAGCGUCUGAAGAUUCUGCUCCGACAGCACCGCCCAGCGCGUUAGAGACGUGUAACGUAGGUGUCCUCGCGUUUUUCUGGUCGAAGAUGCAACGGGAUAACGGCGCGGCUGAGUUCGGGCCGUACGUGCCGUUGCCGGUGGACACGGUUGUUCCCGAGUACACCCCUCCUGAGUCUAUAUCUGACAUCGCGAGCACGCGCGUGUCAGACUUCUACGAUGAGCUGGAGGAGCUUUUCGAGUGCUUCGGUGGCCGAGUGUUGCCGGAUGACCCCAGCUACGACUACUCUAGGAGGAAGCUGCUGAAUGUCAACAAGUAUCGGGCCAUACCUAUGACGUUGGUUUCAGACCAGGAAGCUUUGCGGCAAUGGGCGGGCGAUAGUGCCGCUGGGUUUUCUAACAGAAGCGGGGGAUUCUCCAAUUUCACGCCGGCUCCGCCUCGUACGUUUCAACCCGUCCCCGACUCCAGCGUGGCCACAGGUGCCGCGGGUGCAGGGCCCUCAGGGCUGCUGAGCGCCGAGAUGUCCGCGGACUCCAAUGCGUUCGAGUCGUUCCGCAGGAAGCGGGCCAACGAGUACCACGAGCACUUGUCGAUAAAGUACGCUCGCCUUAAGGUGCGGACGACGGGGCCACAUCGCCCGUGA